GGUAAGCCUAUAUAUAGUAUUAUAAUGAUUUGUAGUAGUUCGCCUGAUCAAUAGCCUUUUGUCCAAAUGAGGUAAAAAAAUAUUUCAUUAACAUGGACGUAUGGUCUAAGGGCUGUAAGAUAGAUGGUAGAAAGUGAGUAGUUUUUUGUUUGAAUUUCAUACAGUACUCUGCGUGUUUGUCACUCACCUCUACUCACAUUUGAGUUCUUGAACAGAACCACGUCCAUCUUCCAGUUUUUUUUACUGCAUAGCUAUCCAAGAUGGAGCUAAUCCUGACAAUCUUCUUCACCUUUGCACUGUUCUACACAGACACACUACAGUGCUACACUUGUGAGUCUGAUGAGUGCAGCGGAACAACGUUAGAGAUGUGUUCUGGAGGAGAAGUGUGUUCCACUAUGACAACAGUAUUUGGUCAUUUAGGCACCAGAGUCUCUAAGGCAUGCACAACGAGAGAGGAAACCUGUGUAUUCAUGGAUGCAACAACAAAAAUAUCAAUCAGUGGUGGAUAUUCACACACCUCCAACAGCGUGUACUGCUGCAGCACGGACGGCUGUAACAAGAAUACUCUCCCAGUGCUCAGUGACAAGCCCAAUAAACUACAAUGUUACACCUGCAAGAGUAAAGAGGAUCAAGUCUGCAACACAAUUGUACAAUGUGUUGGAGUUGAAGACCACUGCUUCAAACAUACAGUGCCCGCUGGUGAUGGAAGUAAUGAUGGACGACACCUGGGCUGUGCCUCCGCUGAUGUAUGCCGCUGGCCCGAGACAGCCCCCUCUACGCCUAACUUCAACUGCUGUGAAGGGAGUCUGUGUAACAAAGCCAUGGGGAUGGGACUGAGCUCUCUCCCUCUUCUGCUGGGACUCCUCAUCAUCUCACUGGUCUAGUUAGUGGGAGGAUUCAUGUAAUCCCAACCGUUAAGAGUGAUAUGUGUCCACAAGAUCAGGAAAUGUUGGAGGUGAAUUUGUUAGUAGGAAUUAGGAAGGAUGAUGAUUUGUAU